UGAGAGUUUUCUUUACAACAUCGCAGAACGUUACUUGGAGAAGCCGCCGCCAGAUCUGGCGCUAGAUCUUGGCAAACCUGUUUCUCAACCGAAAAGUAUUUUAUCUAAACGGAAAAGGGCAGAUAAUUUCGAAAGACGAAUGAGCCAUAUAAGUUUGUUGAGUUCAGGUCGAAGGUCGACAUCACAGAAAAGUGAAUCAGAGGAUCUUUGUUUAUCUGAUGAUAGAGAUCGUCUAAUCUUGCCUCCAAUAGGUGGCGCUGUCAGUAAUGAUAGUGGUCUCCAACAUUAUAGCAGUAUAGAGAAUUAUCUCCCUGUAGAGAAAGGUCAUGUGACGAUUAUUGAUCAGGAAACGAAAGGUGAAAAUAAGAUUGCCGUUUCACCAGGAAAGCAUGGCAAUAGGGAGAUGAAAGAUGAAGAUCGGGAUUCAUUAUUUGGAAGUGAAGAAGAGACUGUUUUUGAAAAUGAAAUGAAUGAAGACUUUGCCGAAGAUUUUGAGUCAAAUAUCAGUGUACAUAAUUAUCAUAUUGAAGUAACGCCCAACUUAGUGGAACGUUGUGCUACAACGCUCAGUACAAAUGAACGUGUUGUGAGCAGUCAAAGAUCACGAGAUAGUGGCGGGGAAGGAAAGGCUAGAUUAUUGGCCAUUCAGAUAUCUCUUCGAGGCAGUAUGAAACAUACAUUAGAUCUGUUGUUACGACGUGGAGCUGAUCCCAAUGCAUCUGGAGUUCCCAUGCCUGUUUUAUUUUUUGCAAUAAAGGCUGCUGAUACGAACAUGGUAAAGAUAUUGUUACAGAAAGGUGCUGCUACAAAUAGUCGUCUACCACAGCAGAAGGGUGGAUUAGCUCCCUUACAUAUAGCAGUUGCUAUACCAGGCGAUGAAGGUGUAGAAAUAACAGAACUAUUGUUGGAAGCGAUGGCUGACCCAGAUGUGCGAGCAGAGGAAGAUGAUUCAUUUAUUCAGAAAGAUUUGGAAGAAGAAUGGUCACGAGAUCUUUUAUCCAAAGAAAGUAAAUCAAUUCUAGGAGGGAGAACUUCGUUACAGAUUGCGUGUGCUAGGGAUGAUAAUUACAAGCAUGCAUGUAAAGUUGUACAUCUAUUAUUAGAAUAUAAAGCAAAUGCGAAUCUCCUGUGUAAUGGUGCUUCACCAUUAGCCCUGGCUAUAGCUAGCGGAAAUGAUAUGGCCAUAGAUGAACUGUUAACAUAUGGUGCUGAUCCUAGUCUCCCAUUAACGCAUGGUGUUGGUAGCGCCCUCUGUGUGGCUACAUCAACAGAAUAUGAACAUCGUAGAGCUAUACAAGCGAGGAUACAACUGGUUGAUAAAUUAGUCAAAUCGGGAGCAAAUAUUUUAUCACCUAUUUUGAUUGGUCCAAAGAGAUUGUCAGGAACUGCUGUAGAUUAUGCUUACUAUAUGUUUAAUCAGGAUCGCAGGAUUGCACACAUGCCUUAUCAUGCACUAACACAUGCGGAACGUGAAACAUACAAUGCACGACGUAAACUUUUAGGGCAUGUUGGCGACAUUAUGCGUAUUAAAGCUACUGAACGAGAAAAACAGAAAAUGGAGGAGCAAUUAAAAGGAGGGAGGAAAAGUGCUGGCCCUAGUCCUGGAUUUGUUUAUACAGGGGCAGGGGCACCCUUACCUCCAGGGUCGAGAGGCAAAGGUAAAGGAGGUCAGGUGAAGUUUGAUAAUAGCACAGCAACAGAUGGACCCACUGGGAUAAUAUCUGAUGGAGUACCACAAGUUAUCAGAAAACCAUUAUUAAAAUACUGUUAUGAGUGUGGUAGAUCUGUGGGUGUCAGACUGUCAGCAUGUACACGAUGUAAAGAGGUAUUCUAUUGUAGUAAGGCCUGUAAAAUUAAGGCUUGGAAUAUUCGACAUAAAGAUGAAUGUAUAAGAAUAGGAGGUAAAUCACGAAGUCCGAGUCCAUCUAGAAAAGGUCGAUUAGACAGUCCAACCCCAGCAACUACCCUGGAUAAAGGACGUAAAUGCACAGUUCAUGAGUUAACCAAAGAUAAACGAUCAUUACGAAUUGUUAUUCCUGUUAAAGGAUUAAGUCACAGUGCUGGUAAAGCCAGAAGUAUUUACAGUAAAUCUUCAACCAUGACCCGAAAAACUAUUUCUGAUUGCAGUUUACAUUCAUGGGCCAUUGGCUUACCUCCCAAUGCAUUAAUAGAUAACUAUAGUUAUGUCUGAUUAACUGUUGUUAUCUCUGAAUAACAUUGACAGUUUCUUGGUUAAAAAAGAUAAGCUUGAAUUUACAUUUGGUCUGAGACUUACGUAGAUUCUUGUCUUUUUUAGUAAAUUUUAUUACCAUAUUGUGUCAAAAUUGUUUGCAAUCGUGUAAGUAAAACUCUGUGUCCAGGUUUAUACUGAGAAUAUAAUCUUUUAUUUGUUGCAUUUAGAUGACUGCACAUAUCCUAGUGACCAAUUACAUGACUAGACCUCUGAUUUGGUCAAAAAUAAAAUCUUCGAUCUUAUUGGAUUUUAUAUGUAGAUUCGUGGGAUGAUAAUCUGUAGAUAAUACUGGUGAUGAGAUACAAUUAUUGGUUCCACUUUCAGCCCAGUAAGCCAAAGAAAUAUAAGCUCCUUGGGAAUCUUCUUAUUAUUGAAUUGAUUGAGAGGUUGAACAAACAUUCAACGUUUACUUGAAAACUUCUAGGAUCUGAACAAAUCAUAAACUCUAAAUGUUGUAUCUCAGCAAAUGAUUGACAGAUUUGUUCACUUGAUUGAUCUGUAAGGUCUAUGUAAAUCACAUCCAUCCACGGUCUAGCUAGAGAGUUUAUUAUAGGCUUUUCAUAUGAAUAAAUGUUUAAAUGAUAGUUUAUUUAAAGAUACAUUAUGGGAGAUUUGAUAAUGAGUUGGCAGUUCUCACAAUAAUAGUUAAAAACUAGAUAAUAUAAAGGCAAUUUGCUGAAAAUUUCAUUCAAAUUGAUCCACUAUGAAUCGAGAACUAAGCGUUUGAAAUUUCGCCUAGUCUCAAUCAUCAUUUCUAAAGUCAGUACGAUAAACAGCAUAGUCUCGAUUAUUAUUUAAUCGUUAAAUCGUGAAGGAAAGUUAUGCAGUAAAUCAACUCAUAAUCCACUAAAGAUCGCAGGCUAGCAUAACCAUCUAGAGUUGAUUAUGGUCUGGAUAGGUUAAAUAAUGUCUAAUUAAUAAUUUAGAUAACAUUUCAGGCCUAAAAAAUGACCUGCAAUAGACAGAUUUAGCUCUUGCAUAAUGUAUGUUUUAACAUUUGAAGCCAAAAUAAAGAUCUGCUAUAGGCAGAUAUAGCUUUUACAUAAUGCAUCUUUAAGAAGAUGGAUGAAUAACAAUGAUUGCCAAACCAUAUAAAUAGUUAUUUGAAAAAGUAAAAGAAUUCUAUUUGUAAUAGAAUUAUUGUAGAUUUUAUUCUCUUGCCAAAAACAAACCAACUUUUUAUUUUAUGCAAUUGUAAUGUAAUGGUACAAAUGCCAAAAUGUAUUUUUAUUUUAUAAUUUGUUUAAUUCAGAAUAAAUAUGUAAUUUGAUUUAGUCAAAGAUGAAAUAAUUCAAUAUUGAAAUCUAAUCAAACGAAAUCAACACUAAAACUUGUUGUAGAAAUACAUGUAUAUUAAUCUUAUGGCCUUAUUGCAAUAACUAGAUUUAGUUUUUAUCCAUCAACCAAAUGUAAUAUAUUUGAUCUGGGUGUUGAACAGUUUAAGCCAAAUUGUUGAACAUACCUUCACAACCAGUCAGGUUGGUCCAAUUCAGUAGUUUAUUUUGAUGUAAAUGAAAGAUGGUUAGCUCUUAAUUUAUAGUACAAUAGAAAUUGCCAUUAAGUAGGGCUACUACUUCAACCCUCUGCAAGUUGCACAUUUUUUUUCUUUUUUAAGCCAAAGCUAGUUCAUACAUCAACUAUUCUGUUUUCUUAUUUUAUAAAGUAAGACUUUUAAUUUUUAAAAAUAUUCUCUGUAGGCCUAUCCUCUAUGAUGGGAUUCAUAACUGACAUAAUAUGACCAGAACAUGAGUUAUGAUUUGUUUGACAUAAUGCACUUUCGAUAGCAAUAACUUAAUAUCUAUAAAUGUGAUAGGCCUGGCCUAUUUACUAUCUUUGUAUGGUACAGUUACAAAUUGAAACUCUGUUUGUAAAAGUUGUCUCUAGAGAGAGGUCCACUCGACACAAACUAGGUCAUUUCAGGACUAACAUAUGGUUCUGUUUUAUUUCAAUAAUUGGCUUGCACUUAGGGGUCUUUAGCAGUGGGAGAAAACCAGAGGACCUACUCCUUGUCACAUACAACCAACCAAUCAUCUAUGACAUGAAAACUGUAGCUGAAAUAACUUUGUUACUUUAUAUUAUGAUUUGUUGUACUGUCUUUAUUAAUAUGUUUGUGUUUACAGCUUUAACUGUGAUAUUAUUUAUAUUAUUCAUAGAAAAAUAUAAAAAAAACUCUUAAAUUG